CUUAGAGAAUUUCUAGGAAAGCAAGAGCAAACACCUGUCGACCCCUUAUGUGCUGAGAAGAUCGACACUGUGAGAGGAGAAGGGUCGACUUACUGCUCAUUGCCGACAUCACCGGAGAAGAAGAAGCGUCGUCGAGGAGCAGCGUGAUCUAUCUUAUUUGCUUUGUCAGGAGCCACACAUUCGAGUUCUUUGGAGGUCUCAGGCUUACCUUGUCGCCUCGUUUCCAUUAGUAGUCAUAGACGGAGACAUGAAUGCUCGAGCUUUGUUCGGUGCCCUGAGGUUGUAGGUGCAAGAGCUAACAAGAGGAGGAAGCAGUUAGCAAACAAGGAUAAGGGGACCAUUCCAGAGUCUUCUUCUGUUUGUUCAGGCCAGAGUCGGCCUCUAGCUGAGGUUUCAUCGCCAACCCCUACAGUGAUUGCUAGUGUGGUUCCCACGACCAGGCCCUUAUCUCCUAUAUUACCUUCUCAUGUUCAAAUGGUGAUACCUAGAUUUGAAGAGGUCAUCCAGAGUGACAAGAUAUGGGAAGCAUGGUCUUUCUCCGGAGUGUGUGUCCCCAAUGAGAUCGUUCGCCAUUCUAUUGCCAAACCCUGUUCAGACAAUGCUCACCUUGACCAACCUAUCUGAAUCUAUCGAGCAGUUGAAGAAGGAUAAGGAAGAUACAUGUCGUGCCUUCAUGUCUGAGAUAGACACUAUUCGUCGUGAGAGGAACAUUUGUAAGACUGAGCUUGAGCAACUCAGAAGUUCUUCUUGUACCAAGAUCAAUCAACUAAAGGCUGAGAUUGACCGUCUUCAAAAGUCUCAUGCUGUUGAGGUUGAGCAACUUAAAGCUGAUGCAGAAGCUGAUCGCCUUCAAACCCUUGAAGAAGAAGGAGAGAUCUUAAAUAACAUGUUUUUUCAAGUCUGGAAACACAACCACAGUAUUGAUUUAACAUUUCUGAAUGGCGAAGAGAAGUGCCUACUAGAGGCUUGCGAACAGAGACUUACUGAUGAAGAAAACUCUUCUGUUCGUACCUCCUUAGUAUAGCCGGGGGAUGAUGAUGUUUCAAGGACUGAAGAUCUUGCUUCCAGCACUUCUGCUGACCCCUUAGCUGCCUCAGGUGACCUGACCCUUGAGCCAGAGUCCUGAUAGCUUAGUCUCUAGUGCGCCUUAUGUUGGAGUAUUUUGUACUUGCAUACUCUUGACUCUGUUUUCUUUUGUAGUCUGUACUUGUAUGCCAAACCAUUUUUCCUUUUGUUCUUAGUGCGAACAAACUAGUUGCCUUUAGUGCAUGAUACGAACAGAGGAUUUUUACAUGUACUAGCGAACAAACUAGUUUGCCUUUUGUGCAUGAUGCGAACAGAGGAUUUUUAUAUGUACCAGUGAACAUGCUAGUUUGCCUUUUGUGAA